CAGAAAGAGGAAUCUGUUAUCACAUGUGUAUUUUGUGUAAGUAGCCUGCUAACUGAUUGAUAUAUUUAAUGUGUGCAGACAGCCAGAUGAGUCAGGAAUUUCUACAAGCGUGUAUCCCAUCACGAUAACGAGAUGCAUGUUGACCCAACAAAAUGAGAUAAAUUAAGAGGACCACCAUUGAUAUGGACAGAAGAAACCGUGUGCAUGGGGUUGUUUCACGGAAACAGGCAGAGAUGGUGGCAAAGAAGGUUGGCAUGACAACUGAAAAGGUGCAAGAAUUGCAAGAUACAUUUUACGUUUUUGAUCAGAACGGCGACGGUAUGAUAACAACGGAUGAGCUAGCCACAGUCCUCUUCAAACUUGGACAGCGACCUACAUUGAGAGAGGUCCAGACCAUGAUAAAGUCGGUGGACGCUGACAAAAGUGGUACAAUUGAUUUUGAUGAAUUUGUCAAAAUAUUUGCCCAAAAGAUGUGCAUAGACCCCGAAAAAGAACUUCAUGAGAUUUUUUGUGUUUUUGACAAAAAUAAAGACGGAUUUAUAUCUUCAGAGGAACUUUAUGAAGUGUUGAGCAAACUAGGCGAAUCGAUUACCAAGGACGAGGCAUAUUUGAUGAUAAAAGAAGCUGAUCUUGAUCGAGAUGGUAAAGUUAACUAUACAGAUUUUAAAGCAAUUCUUAAUUUUAGAUGAUAAACCAAGACAAGAGAAAAAAGAAUUCGAUGGAACCAUUCAUUACCUCGUAUGGUGUGUAAGAAUUACACUAUAUAUUUACCGUCUUGAACAUGGAUGACUUUCAUCAUCAUUUACAACAUACAUGUAUAAUAAAUAGAUUUAGUUUACAACGUCAACCAUUUUUAUUUUUGUAAUAUUAUCAAAUUGUAUUUUCAUAUCUCAACAUUUUUUUGUACUAACAACAUAGUUGUUUAUUUAUGUAACUGUAUUUUCUUAACCUAAUUAGUUUAAAAUAAAAUUUAUACUGUUCUGCACUAUUACAA